AUGGAUGGAUCUACACUACAAAGUCCCCAACUAAAAAACCACUCCAUAUUGGUAGAAUUCAUCUUACUUGGCUUUUCUGAUGUUUCCAAUUUGCAAGAACUUCUUUUUGGGGUGUUCUUAAUAAUCUAUCUCAUUAUUGUGAUGAGUAAUAGCCUCAUCAUAAUAAUUACUAGGACUGACCCUUCCCUACAGACUCCCAUGUACUUUUUCCUUGGAAAUUUUUCUUUCUUAGAAAUAUGUUAUGUGUCAGUCACUGUGCCCAGAUUAUUAACAAAUCUCUACAGACAAGACAGAAGCAUUUCCUUUAUGGCUUGUGCUACUCAAAUGUAUUUCUUUCUUGUUUUGGGGGCCACUGAGUGCUUUAUUCUGACUGCUAUGGCUUAUGACCGAUAUGUUGCCAUUUGCAACCCAUUGCUCUACCCUCUCAUCAUGAACAAUAGACUCUGUAUACAACUGGCAGCUGGCUGUUGGCUAAGUGGAGUUCCUGUGCACAUAGGGUUCACAUAUUGGAUCUUCUCACUACCCUUUUGUGGAUCAAAUCAGCUGAAUCACUUUUUCUGUGACAUACCUCCAGUACUGAUAGCUUGUGGGGACACUUUUAUGAUAGAGAUACUGGUCUAUGUGAUUGCCCUUUUAGUGGUCACUAUUCCUUUUAUGUUGAUUUUUGGAUCUUAUUUGAAAAUAAUCUCAACCAUUCUGAAGCUUCCAUCUGCAACUGGGAGAGCCAAGGCCUUCUCUACAUGUUCUUCCCACCUUAUAGUUGUAGCUUUAUUCUUUGGAUCAGGUAUCAUUACAUAUUUGCGGCCAAAGUCCAGCCAUUCAGCAAGAACUGACAAAUUUCUUUCUCUUUUCUAUACUGUUGUGACCCCAAUGUUUAAUCCCAUGAUAUACUGUUUGAGAAACAAAGAUGUUAUGAUUGCAAUGAAAAAGUUCCUUCUGAGAUGUAUUAUGUUAUGA